UGAAAAAAUGAGCUCGCCCAAUCUCAUCACAAGCAACACUACACCGAGCAGCUGUGUUUUUGUCAGAGCUGAGGAGUCGUCCAUACGUCCGCAAGAGUUAAAAGAAAGAGUCCACAAUGAAGACCCAAACUUGUUUCGCCUUCUCCAUACAACUAUUUGCUCUUUAUUUUCUGGUUGGUUCCAUUUACAUAGUGAAUGGUGACUACUGUGAGAUAAAUGUCUGCAGUAAUGGGGGGAGCUGUGUGACUGGCCCCAGAUCCUCCUUCAUCUGUAUCUGCCCCGAUGGCUAUACUGGGGACACGUGCAAUGACACCGAGACUGGGCCCUGCAACCCAAACCCCUGCAAGAACGAUGCCUUCUGUGAUGUGACUGGCCAGAAACGCAGAGGGGACGUCUUCAGCGAGUACAUCUGCAAGUGCCAGGAUGGCUUUGAUGGAGUCCACUGCCAGAACAAUGUGAAUGACUGUGCCAACCAGCCGUGCCAAAACGGUGGCUCCUGUAGGGACCUGAAUGGAGACUUCAACUGCCGCUGUCCGUCCCCCUACGUGGGCAAGCACUGCCAACUGCGUUGUAUCUCUCUGUUGGGAAUGGAGGGCGGAGGCAUUGCCGAGUCUCAGAUCUCGGCCUCGUCGGUGCACUACGGAUUCCUGGGCCUGCAGCGCUGGGGGUCUGAGCUGGCACGCCUCAACAACAAGGGCCUGGUUAACGCCUGGACCUCAGCCUCCUAUGACAGGAACCCCUGGAUUGAGAUUAACAUGCAGAGGAAGAUGCGUUUCACGGGCAUCGUGACGCAGGGCGCCAGCCGCAUGGGGUCAGCAGAGUUCAUCAAGGCCUUUAAGGUGGCGUCCAGUCUGGACGGAAGGACCUACACUAUGUACCGCCUGGACAGACAGACGAAGGACACUGUGUUUGUGGGGAACGUGGACAACGACAGUACCAAGACCAACCUGUUUGACCCUCCAAUUAUUAGCCAGUACUUCCGCAUCAUCCCCGUGGUCUGUCGCAAGGCCUGCACCCUGCGCUUUGAGCUGGUGGGCUGUGAGCUCAAUGGUUGCUCCGAGCCUCUGGGCAUGAAGUCGCGCCUGCUCGCCGACCGCCAGAUCUCGGCCUCCAGCGUCUACCGCACCUGGGGCAUUGAGGCGUUCACCUGGCAACCACACUACGCUCGGCUGGACAAGCAGGGCAAGACCAACGCCUGGACGGCGGACACCACCAAACGCACUGAGUGGCUGCAGGUAACUGCAGGGGGUUCAGAGGGGAUUUUGGGAAGUGGUGUGGGUGGUGGGGGUCACUUAGUGGGCAGCAGAUAUCCUGGAGUCUCCUUCUGUAAGAAAAUCACAGGUAUCAUCACCUUCUGUAGGGGACCUGGAGUCCACGCUCUCCUUCUGUAA